UUCUGAUCGUGUAGUGCUGGUGCGUGGCCGAGGAGGGUCCGGGCAGAGUCGAGCUGGAGCGCAGCGGCGGCUCCGAGGCGGCUGUCAGUGACCCACCAGUAGACACGACCAUGCAGAAGACACCGAUCAUCCUCGCUAAACCGCCCACCGACAGGCCCAACAAGCCUGCUGCCAUGCCUCCGCCUGCAGCUGGCACCCCAUCAGAGAAGCCAAUCGUGCUGAUGAAGUCUCGGGAGGAAGCAAAGACGUCUGGAACAGGGGACGCCUCAACACCCCCCUUGGGCUCAGCCAAGGGAGAGAAGGAGGGGCAGAGACCCACACAGCCUGUCUACCAGAUCCAGAACCGUGGCAUGGGCCCAUCAGCCCCCAGUGCUGCCGUUGACCCUGUCAUUGGACAAGCAAAACUCCACCCUCCUGAGAGGAUGAAACACAGUAUAAAGCUGGUGGAUGACCAGAUGAACUGGUGCGACAGUGCCAUGGAGUACCUUCUGGAUCAGACAGACGUGUUGGUGGUGGGAGUGAUCGGCCUCCAGGGGACAGGCAAAUCCACUGUCAUGUCUCUCCUAUCAGCAAAUCACCCUGAGGAGGAUCCCAGGUCGUAUGUGUUCCGGUGCCAGACUCAGGAAAUGAAGGAACGUGGCGGGACGCAAACUUGCGGCAUUGACUUUUUCGUCACCCAGGAGAGGGUCAUCUUCCUUGACACACAGCCCAUCCUGAGCCCAGCCGUACUCGACCAUCUCAUCAACAAUGAUCGCAAGUUACCGCCCGAAUACAGCCUGCCACACACCUACGUAGAGAUGCAGUCACUGCAGUUGGCUGCCUUCCUGUUCACGGUCUGUCACGCUGUCAUCAUAGUCCAGGACUGGUUCACCGACAUUAACCUCUACAGAUUCCUGCAGACAGCGGAGAUGCUGAAACCCUCCACGCCUUCCCCCAGCCAUGAGCUCAGCGGGGGCUCUGGCACUGAUGAAGGCACAGAAUACUACCCAAACAUCGUGUUCCUCCAGAAUAAGGCCCAUCGUGAAGACUUCUGCCCUCGAAACCUGAAGAAAAUGCACACGGUCAUCAACAAGCUGAUGUUGCACUCCCACCUCAAGUACAAAGGUGCCAUAUCCAUGUUGGACUGCAACGUCUUUCCAGGUUUGAGCAGUGACUUCCUGGAAACUGAGGUCAACCUGUUCCUGCUGCCGGUAAUGGAAAGCGAAGCUGAUGAAAACCUCUCAAGGGCAGGGGCCGGUGGGAUCUCGCUGUUCCCCCUGCUGCCUGGUUACAGAGGGUACCCCAGCUUCCAGGGCUUGAUUGGGAAACUCCGAGGACAGGUCCUUUCGAUGGCGAGACCACAGCUCUCUCACACUAUCCUCACUGAGAAAAACUGGUUGCACUACGCUGCUCGAAUCUGGGACAGUGUGAAGAAAUCUACAGUAUUAUCAGAGUACAGCCGUCUGCUCUCCUAGCAGCCAGACCAGUUAAUUGACGUGGCAGGCGGCACCUGGACUGAAUCCCUGUGCCCAGUGAUCUCUCCCUGACCCACCCACUAAUCCUUCCCUGACCCACGCCCAUGCCCACUGAUCCCUCCCUGACCUACGACCGUGCCCACUGAUCCCUACCUGACCUACGCCCGUGCCUACUGAUCCCUCCCUGACCCGCCCACUGAUCCCUCCCUGACCUGCCCACUGAUCCCUCCCUGACCCGCCCACUGAUCCCUCCCUGACCUACGCCCGUGCCCACUGAUCCCUCCCUGACCUACGACCGUGCCCACUGAUCCCUCCCUGACCUACGCCCGUGCCCACUGAUCCCUCCCUGACCUGCCCACUGAUCCCUCCCUGACCUACGCCCGUGCCCACUGAUCCCUCCCUGACCUACGCCCGUGCCCACUGAUCCCUCCCUGACCCGCCCACUGAUCCCUCCCUGACCUGCCCACUGAUCCCUCCCUGACCUACGCCCGUGCCCGGUGAUCUCUCCCUGACCUACGCCCGUGCCCGGUGAUCUCUCCCUGACCUACGCUCGUGCCCACUGAUCCCUCCCUGACCCACCCACUGAUCCCUCCCUGACCUACGCCCGUGCCCACUGAUCCCUCCCUGACCUACGCCCGUGCCCACUGAUCCCUCCCUGACCCGCCCACUGAUCCCUCCCUGACCCACCCUCUACCUGUUCUGUCCCGCCUUUAGCUGCAGGUUAGAGGGUCAGGUCCCGGAUGGAGGGAGGGGAGGAACUAGUCAGAAGGUGUUUGCCCAUCCCUCCCUGCCCCUUGGGUAAGAGUUACAUCUGUACCGCAGUUCUGGAGAGGAGGCUGUUCAUGUAUGAGGCAACCUUUAGUUCCUCUCAUGCCUGUUGGUGUCUGUUUCUGUGUGUGUGUGUGUGUGUGUGUGUGUGUGUGUGUGUGUGUGUGUGUGAGCGUGGGCAUGCCUGUCUAUAUCCGUAUGUCUUUGUGUGAGUCUGUGUGUGUGUGUGUGUGUGUGAGCGUGGGCAUGCCUGUCUAUAUCCGUAUGUCUUUGUGUGAGUCUGUGUGUGUGUGUCUGUGUGUGUGUGUGUGUGUGUGUCUGUGUGUGUGCGUGGGCAUGCCUGUCUAUAUCCGUAUGUCUUUGUGUGAGUCUGUGUGUGUGUGUGUGUGUGUGCGCGGGCAUGCCUGUCUAUAUCUGUAUGCCUGUGUGUGAGUCUGUGUGUGUGUGUGUGUGUGCGCGGGCAUGCCUGUCUAUAUCUGUAUGUCUUUGUGUGAGUCUGUGUGUGUGUGUGUGUGUGCGCGGGCAUGCCUGUCUAUAUCUGUAUGUCUUUGUGUGAGUCUGUGUGUGUGUGUGUGCGCGGGCAUGCCUGUCUAUAUCUGUAUGCCUGUG